AUGGUCCAGGUCGGACAGUUCUACCAAGGCUCGAGACUUCUUCAGCCAUUAUGUGAUAUUAUUGGGCUUCCAGUCGACCAGAUCAAUUUCCUGGCCUGUUUCGUUAUAGCUUUUUCCAGCGGAGUAUUGAUGCGGAAGGCAAUCCCUGCAGGCAGGGACAGAGCAACACAACGGCAUGUCUUCGAGUUAUCGCUAGGCCUUGCCAUGGGCUAUUUCUGCUUCGGAUAUCAGCUGAUUCACCUAUUGCUCUACUCGACACUGCCUUACCUCCUGGUGCUGUACGGGCCGAGGCGUUCCUACCACACACUCGUCUUCACUGUUGCCUUUGCGUACAUUGUGAUAAUGCACUCCUAUCGAUUGUUCUAUGACUAUGGAGGGUUUUCCUUAGACGUCACCGGGCCUAUGAUGUUGAUGACACAGAAAGUAACUAGUGUAGCCUUUUCUGUACAUGACGGGAUGGAGGUCCCGGAUGAUAAACUCUCAGAUGAUCAAAGAAAAAACUGUAUCAGAGAGAAACCGUCCAUGUUGGAGUAUUAUAGCUACAUGUUUUCCUUUCACAACAUUAUGGCCGGCCCUCUCGUGUUUUACACAGACUACCUCAGCUUUAUAGACGGGUCUAGCACUAAAGUUCCGCCGCCGAAACAGGAUAAUAAUCACAACAGCAAGACGAGAGAACCAUCUCCAAAUGCAGCCAUAUUGGAGUCGUUUCUUAUUGCAAUGGUGUGUGGAUUCUUUACACUUAUAUCACCUAUCUACUACCCGAUCUCAUGGAUGGCAGACGACAAAUUUUUGUACGAAACCAAUAUCUUCUACAGGAACUUUUACAUGAUACUAGUGGUCAGUCUACAACGAUCGAAAUACUACUUUGCAUGGAAAUUAGGUGAGAUGUCCAACCUUGGAGCAGGACUUGGAUUUAGAGGAUAUGAUAAGGAAGGAAACGAGAAAUGGGAUUUGCUGACCAAUAUAAAAAUAUGGAAGUUAGAGACGUCUACAAGUUUGAAAGUGUUCAUAGACUCUUGGAAUUUAAAUACUGUGAUCUGGUUUCGACGCGUGAUAUAUGAACGGACCCCUCCCUCUGUGAAGACUCUAGCUGUGUUUGUAUGUAGUGGCGUCUGGCAUGGUCUUUAUCCCGGGUAUUACGUCACAUUCUUCUCUACGGCAUUUGCCGUCAUGGCUGCCAGACUGGUGCGAAGAAACAUCCGGAACUAUUUCCAGACAUCUGAGUCAAAGAUAUUUUUCUACGAUGGUGUAACAUUUAUAGCUACGAGAUUUGCCGGAGCUUAUCUGUUGGCCCCUUUCUGUUUAUUAGAAUUCACAGCAAGCAUCAAACUAUUGGUAUCUGUUGGAUUUCACGUGCACAUAUUGUCCGCUAUAGCGAUUUUAUGGUUUACUUUCAUUAAUCCAUCCAGGAAGAGAAAGGAAUGA